CGUUCAAACUCUGCAGCAGUCAGUCGCCAGCCGCCCGUGCUGUACCAACCGGGAGUGGUUUAUACUCUUUACGUCACAAAAGUUAGUUUUUGUCAUCGUUAUUGCAACGUUUAUGUAAAAUUAGGACUGCCAGAUUUCUGCUGGGAACCAGGGACGAAGCGAAAGCUCCGGGAACCGUGCAAAUACAUCAUAGCCUUUUCAACACCCUCGACUGCAUUUCAAAAACCACAGGGGAUGCGAAGUACGACGGGCGAUGACAGGACCAGCAUGGGGGUCGAGGUUCUGCCUCGUAUUGGCGGCAAUCACGAUCGUUAUCGCCAAUUAUCCACGGCAUCGCGACAGACACCUGCGCGAGCAGCUCGUUAACAGCCACAAAAUCACCAGGAAUAUCACUCAAUCGCAAGAAGUAAUCGCCAAUCUGCCGCCCUUACGAAUUCCACGUUUGAGGCAUCAUCGUGUCACGGAUUGGGAUCCAUACUUUGAAAAUGCAGACGGCCAGGGUAUCAACGGCUCGCAAAAUGUGGCGCUGCACCUUGGGGCAACAGCUUAUCUUGAUUGCCGCGUCGCAAUGCUCUCUGGGAAGAAGGUAAUGUGGUUGCGACAGAACAUCGAUUGGGCAUCCCUCUUAACUCUCGGUAAUACUACCCACAUAUCGGAUUCGAGAUACAGCGUGAGCUUUCAGUAUCCAAACAACUGGAGAUUGGCCAUCUCCGGCGUACGGAGAGAAGAUCACGGAGUGUACGUUUGCCAAGUGAAUACGCAUCCGCCAAGAAUGCUGGUCACGAACGUCACCGUUCUUGCGCCGGAUAUUAGAAUCAUCGACGAGGCCAGACAUGAAUUACGGGACCGAUACUACAAAACCGGAAGCGGAAUCGAGCUAGCCUGCGUCGUCCGGCCGUCCUGCCCGGACUCGAGGGUGCCGCAUCCCGUGUGGCGGAAAAAUGGCGAAAUGCUGCCGGAUCACAUCAACGUUUAUCACAUUAAUGGGUCGAACGAGGAUCUGGUGACGAGGCUCUACAUCGAACGAGCGAAAAAGACUGACAGCGGGGAAUAUACGUGCUCAGUAAGCCAAUUCAGCACGACCGCGGUGCAUAUUCACGUCCUAAAUGGUGAAAAACAAGCUGCUGUUCAUCAUGAUCAAUGGAAUGCGGCACGUACCAAUCAUUACGCAGCUUUUACUGACUUCUGCGUAAUGUUUGUCAGUUUCCUCCUUCACAUGUGGCAAAAUUAUUCUCUAUGAAAUUCAUUUUCGGCUGCCAAUGUUAAGUUUACAUCGCGUCAAUGUGCGUCAAUGUGUACACACAUUUCGAUGGCAAACUAAAACAUGUACUUCGAUCUCAACAAAAUACGUGCUUUUGAUUGAUACAUUAUUGUUAUAAAUGCGAACCCGCUGAAUAAAUCUAUGUCAGUAUUAUAAGACUAUAAGAAAAGAAUAGAAUAAUAUUGAUAUUAAAAUAAAGAUUGUAUUUCUA